UUCUUCAACUGUAGAAAAUCAAACUGAAAAGUUCAUAUUAAAACUUUUAAUUCCGUUUUAUAAUUUUGUUGUUUUUUUUUUUUAUUUAGAGCUGCUGAUGUUUCGACACGAAUAUCAACGAAAACUCGUGAAAGUAAUCGUCAUAGAACAGAACAAACAAUUCUAUCAUCUACUCGUGAUGAUACUGAGUUACAACAGCAAACAACAACGAAAAAAACUCGUCUUUCAUCAUCAUCAUCAUCAUCAACAACUACUGAGAAUAGUUCAAAAGAAUUACCAAAUCGAUCGAUUUCAGUACCAGAUAAUUUAAAUAUAGCAACAACAGAUGAUAUACAAACUACACGAGUAUCACCAACAUCAGUAACUGCUCCUGUAUCGAAAUCAUUUAUUUGGAAACCUAAAAUAUCUAAAUAA